AUGCAAUUAAACUUCUUUCUUGUUUCCCAGAACGAUAAGCCUUUCCCAGGCUACGACUUCCAAAGCAACUCCUUCAGCGCCUCGAAGGUUUACAGACACGGAUACGGAAUCCUGUUGAAUGUCGAGGGUAAGGUCUCGCUUAUUCAUGCUGCUGAGGAGGCUGCCGACUACUACCUGAGAAAGUUUUCGAACGAGAGAAGACUCCAGGUGUUGGGAGUUCGUACUAAUAACUUCUUUGAUCUUAUUGACUUGGACUCCACAUUGAACCACUACUUCUCAGAUGGUGAUACUGUGGUUGUGACUGUUGACCGCAGACCCAACUAUAAGAGCCCUAUUCCUGCUAUUUUGAAGGCGUUGACCUGGCUCAGCUUCAUUCACGUUGUUCAUGUUGCUAUUGUUAGUUUGGUUGUAAUCUUUGGUGUGAGAAACCGUUUCUUUAUUGGUAACCUCAUCCAACAGAUAUAUAACUUGUGA